GGGGUAAUGUGAGUUCUGGGGCUAUUGUAUGACUGCUAUGAAACCUAAUCAUGCCAGGGUUUAGAAGACUUGUAGAUGAGAUGCCCAAUGGAACAUCAGACUAAUGCAAGUCGAGAAUGAGAUCCCUCAGUAAGGCCAUAGGGCAACCACUGAAAAUAACGAAACAGAAACAAGAACUCUGGAAACAAUGGUGGUAUUCACAGGACAGUCACUUCCAUGUGCUUAGGAAAGAGGAGCUGAAAAUAAUAUUUAAAAAGCAAAGGAAUCAAGCUUAGGUAUUCAUCCUUUGAUUUCUCCCAUGAAGAGUUUUACAUCUCUCAGCAAAACCCUCCCAGUGAACUAUCAGAAAGUAACAAUGGCAUUUUAACUUACAGCUCAAGCACAGUUUGGCCUAUCUAUUUAUUUCAGCUACUUGAAAGAAAGCUGAAGUUCUUCCCGUUUCAGUAGUGUAAGUAGAAUAAAACUGGUAAAGGGGGCAAAUCUGUUCGGAACAUUUCCUUAGAUGCUGAUGCUGCAGGUUUCUUGCAGUCGGAAGUAGGAAAAGAGUGUGAUGCAGGGAGGGAGUUGCAGCAAAGAAGUUUAAUUUAUGGAAAGCUUAAUUUAAGCUUCAACAAAUCAGUUGAAAUAUCAAGUCACGCAACAGGUUAUAUUCUCCCAAGGAGAAACAAAUAAUCCCCCCGUUGAUCCCCGCAUUUGCUUAGGAAGACGGCUGUGUGGGGCUCUCUUUGUUACUGUGCAGAAUUAUAGCUUUUUCACAUAUUUUAUUUUUCAUUUAUUUAUUGCAUUUUUAUCCCACCUUUUUAUUCAUGGGGUUCCAGGUGGCAUACACGGUUUUCCUCGUCAUCAUUUGUUCCCCACAGCAACACUGUGAGAGGUAGUGACUGGCCCAAGGUCACCCAGUGAGAGCUUCAUGACUGAGUGAGGAUUCGAACCCUGCUCUCCCAAGUCCUAGUCCAACACUCUAACCACUACACCACACUGUCUCUUCCCAACAUACUAUGCACUAAGCUCCUGAAGGAAGGGUAGCAUACAUAUCAGAUGGUUAAAAUUCCACAUGGCUCUUCCUUGUCUGAAUCUACCCUUAGAUUCCUUCCUGAUAUGGAAUCAGGACUCACACAAUGAGCUCUGGAUUUCUUUUCUAGAGCACUUUAGUACAUUUCCAACUGAAGAUACACCUCUGGUCUUCAAAGAAAAGAUCCAUGCUAACAGAGAGGAUUCUUCAUUAUUGCCGUAGGGCCUCGGCCCCAGCUGGACCGGCAGUUUCUCCAGCGUUUUCUGAAGAUCCAAGAAAUUUUAUUUCCUGCAUGCUGCUCCAAGAAUGUACUGAUGUUCCUAACCUUGCUCAUGGUUGCUCUGUUGGAGCAGCUGGUCAUUUACCAGGUGGGAUUGAUUCCCAGCCAGUAUUACGGAGUUCUGGGGAACAAAGACUUCCAUGGAUUCCAGCAAGUCACGGCAGUUGCACUGAUUCUUAUUCUACUGAACUCUAUGCUGAAGAGCUUUGACCAGUUCAUCCGCAACCUGAUGUAUGUGAGCUGGAGGAAGACUCUCACAGAAUACCUCCAUGGCUACUACUUUCAGGGCCAGGUGUAUUAUACCUUGAAUAUUCUGCAUGAGGAAAUCGAUAAUCCAGAUCAAAGAAUCAGCCAGGAUGUGGAGAGGUUCUGCAAGCAGCUGAGCUCCAUGGCCAGUAAGCUCAUCAUCUCUCCCUUCACGCUUGCCUACUACACCUAUCAGUGCUUUUACAGCACUGGCUGGAUGGGCCCAGUGAGUAUUUUUGGAUAUUUUAUCAUGGGCACAAUUGUUAACAAGAUUCUAAUGAGCCCCAUUGUAUCAAAGCUGGUGCAGCAGGAGAAGCUGGAAGGUGAUUUCAGGUUUAAGCAUAUGCAGCUACGGGUGAAUGCCGAAUCUGCUGCUUUUUACAGAGCUGGGGAAGUUGAGCACAUGCGAACCAACCGCAGGCUGCAAACCCUCCUGCAGACUCAGAGGGAGCUGAUAGGCAAGGAGCUGUGGUUGUACAUUGGAAUCAACACUUUUGACUAUCUGGGCAGUAUCCUGAGUUAUGUGGUGAUUGCCAUUCCCAUUUUCAAUGGAGUUUAUGCUGAUCUGGAUCCAGCAGAAUUGAGCUCUUUGGUUAGCAAGAAUGCCUUUGUCUCUCUUUACCUCAUUGGCUGCUUUAGCCAGCUCAUUGACCUCUCCACCACCGUGUCUGACGUAGCUGGCUAUACACACAGAAUUGGGGAGUUGCUAGAGAUGCUGCUGAAACUUUCCAGGAAGCAAAACGACUGUGACUCACCAGGCAAAUGGGAAUUCAACAGCGUUUCCAAAGAGGAGGUGGUCUCAAGCGACACAGCUUUCCUCCUGGAGAAAAUCUCUCUCUCUGCUCCCUCUGAAAAGCUGCUCAUCAAGGAUCUAAACCUGAGAGUCACACAAGGGAACAAUCUCCUGAUCACCGGGAACACAGGGACAGGGAAGACAUCUUUGCUGCGUGUCCUCGGUGGCCUCUGGGAGAGCAAGCAGGGGAACGUCCACAUGCUGACUUGCUUUGGCCCCCAUGGGGUGAUUAUCCUGCCACAGCGGCCAUUCUUCACAGACGGGACCCUGCGGGAACAGGUGAUUUACCCUCUGAAGGAAAUCUAUCCAGUUUCGGGGUCUUCGGAUGAUGAAAGGAUUCUGAGAUUCCUGGAACUGACUGGGUUGUCUGAUUUGCUAGCAAGGACAGGUGGUUUGGACCAACCAGUGGACUGGAACUGGUAUGAUAUUCUGUCUCCAGGGGAGAUGCAGCGGCUCUCCUUUGCCCGACUUUUCUAUCUCCAGCCCCAGUAUGCAGUGCUAGAUGAAGCUACCAGCGCACUCACAGAGGAUGCAGAGGAUGAGCUGUACAGGCUCUGUGCACACCUGGGAAUGACUCUGGUCAGCGUGGGACAUCGCAAGAGCCUGGAAAAGUUUCACAGUUGGCGUCUGAACCUGUACGGAGGAGGUAAAUGGGAGCUCAGCAGAAUAAAGAAAGACUGAGCCACUCCCUGACUUGUCGUGGACAACAACAAAAAAGAAUGUAACCAAAGCCUCAGCUGGGUCACAUACCAAAGUGCCUUGAAAUGAACACACCUUUUACAGGAAGCAUGGAUCUGAAAUAUUUCGGGACUUCAAAGCCAGCAGGUGCAUUAAGGCUUCUUUGACCCAAAGGUCUCCAGCUUAUACUGUGAAAGAGCAGGGGGGUUUAAAUUCCUCCCUGCCCCCAACUUGCCUUUCUGUAUAAAUGGCUACCAGUCCAUUGUUCAGACUGCUGUGUCUCCCACUCAAGAUCUCUCCCAGAAGGAAGGAAGGGGCCUUUGCUGCUUCCAUCCUUGCAACUUGCUUAAGUGAAAACAACUUCGAACAACAUUGAAGCAGGGCUGGCAGUGAAUGGAGCAGGAGUCUUCUCACCUGAGACUGAGAAGGGUGUAUUUGUUUCAGUAUUAGAGUUUCUGCCUCGUUGCCAUAGCCAGGACCCUCCAUGUGAGAAGAUCUCUAUCUCUGCCGUGCUCAGGGGACUGCCUUGCUCUUGGUUGCCCACAAGUGCGAAAAUACAUGUCUCUUGUUUUGGAAGUUUUCCAGAAGCGUGUAUUAUACACAGAUUCCCCCUUCACCCGAUGAACCUAUUUUUGUUUAAAUAAGCGUUCAUUAAGGAGCCUGAGAGUGCUGGGG